AUGGACGUGGGAUUGCUCAGCCUCGCGGCGAGCCGCCUUGCAGAGAUGAACGAGACAGAUGCUGAGAACGAAAUCACCAGCCUUCGACCAGACGAGCUUACGUCACUCGUGCGAUACUACAACAAGAAGGAUCGAGAGAGGCUCAAACUUGAAGCUGACGUCGAGCAAUAUAUGAGCGCUGUAUUGAUCGCUAUCAGAAGACAGCAUCGUACACGUUCUCCACGCCUUGAGCUCGUGUCUAUCCGCCCGUGCAAGAAGCAGAGUACCAACGCUGAAACGGCCCUGGAAAUUGAAUCAACCACCCGUGCCUCAAGGUCAAUUGCGCCUGCAAACUCUGGACAGGAUCUUCCAACUGGAUCCUCGAGCUCGACAAACAACCGCUCAACAUGUGCUGAAGACAGAGCUGAGGGUUUCGCUCGAAUCGGAACGCAAAGCAUCACGCUCACCAGCCGUGCUAAGUUGUCUAUUCCAGGAGCGUUGGUUGGAACUAGGCGGACGCGAGAGCAACCACUACCUCAUGUCCUAUGGAUUCCAGAUUCAAAUGGUCACUGGAGCUGGGUGUGCCACGACAAGCUUCUUAGCAAGAUUGUCGCUGACUUGGUCCAACUCGUCAGGGACAAGAUUGUCGACACUCGGUACAAGCGCCAAGGUUGGGCUCAAAUGAUCAAGUAUAAAGAGUUUUACGUGGGACAACACUAUUGCAUGAGCGAAUACGCAUGUAGUGACUAUGGAGAUUUGUCAGUGAUGGCAUGGGAAUAUUCUGAGGACGAGAAAAACCGAGCUUGCGAUCGCUGCACUGAUACACGGCGCCCCUGUCUUCGUCUGGUCAGGUUGGACGAUCCCGCCGAGGUUGCUGUUAGCUGGCUCCCGCUUCCAGACAGAUACAGGGACGAUGCAAGCCCGGAAAGCAAGGAGUUCUGGGUGAAAAAACGCCUUUCGGCAAAGCCAACAACGAAGAGAAAAUCAUAG